AUGUUACAACAAUACCCUUCACGCUUUCCAGCUGGCUUAAUGAUGCGAAACAUGUUUAUUGUUAUAUAUAUAUUAUUACUAAAUAUACAAAGCACAUUAUCAGCCAACGUCAUAUCGUUUUGCAAAUGUGCGUGCGCAGAGAAUAUCACCAUUAGAGCUUUGGAAGCGGCACAAACUUGUUCUGAUUGUAAUAGAGCAUUCUGCAUAGGUAUUUUGGAUAAAAACUGUACAGCUAUUGAUAGUCUGCAAGGAGAAGUCGGAAAAGGAACAAGUCAGGUUACAGCUACCUGUUUUGAACGAGAUUCUUAUAAAGAUGAAGUGAUAGUAUACUUAUAUAUCAUCAUAACUAGUGGACUAUUAUUUACCGCUAUCGCAAAACCUUUUGUUGAAAAAUUGUGGAAG